AUGCUGGCAUCAUUUGGACCCUAUCUAAAAUUUUCUUCACAGCUUCUUCAUUUCUUUUUUCUAUCUAUCUCAUUCUCUUCAUUAUCUAUCUAUCUAUCUAUCUAUCUAUCUAGUUCAUAUCUCAGUCUGUUCAUAGUAGUCUGUUCACAUCUUAUUUCAAGCAGUUCUUUUCUCUCCCUCACUUUCUCUCUCUAUCCACCCUCUCUCUCUCUCUCUCUCUCUCUCUCCCUCUCUCUCUUAAUCUCACCAACAUCACCUGCCAACAUCACUUGCCAACAUCACCUGCCAACAUCAUCACCUGCCAACAUCACCUGCCAACAUCACCUGCCUAAUCACCUGCCAACAUCACCUGACAACAUCAUCACCUACCAACAUCACCUGACAACAUCACUUGCCAACAUCACCUGCCAACAUCACCUGGCAACAUCACCUUCCAACAUCACCUGCCAACAUCACCUGCCAACAUCAUCACCUGCCAACAUCACCUGCCAACAUGGUCGCAUCCUUGGGCACAGUCGCCAUUUAAUAUAG